GAUAGCGGGAAACGCGUUUCGAGGUGCACUGCUCAAAUAAAUAAAAGCAACUUUUAGUAAAGUACUUUUCAUUCUGUUACCAAGUUGCCAAAUAAUCUGUUGGAGAAAUGAAGGAAGCUGACUUGGAUGCGCAAUAUGCUCGCUUUCCGGAGAUCAAGCGUGCCGAGGUGCAGAAGUUUGUGGAUUGGAUACACGUCCAACCUCAUAUCUCCGCCCACUUCUCGGAGGGCGAGGCUCUGCACUUCUUCUAUGCCUGCAAGUACAGCAUGGAAGUGGCCAAACAGGUCCUCGACACAAAUCUCACGGCACGCACUCAUCUCGACGACUUCUUUGUGAACCUGGACAUCGAGUCCACUGAAUUGAAACGCGCCAUGAAAACGGUGUCGGUUGUGCCACUUCCCGGUGCCACGCCGGAAGGAUACCGUGUUAUAAUGGGCAAACUGGCUGAUCUAACUGCCUCCAAUUUCAACUAUGCCGACUGCAUGAAACUAUAUUGCAUGAUAUUCGAUUUUUGGAUGUACGAGGAUGGAAUUCAGCCGGGCCAUGUGAUUGUUAUUGAUCUCAAGGGCUGUUCCCUGGGUCACGUGGCUCGCAUCGGAUUGCUGCAAAUGAAAAAGUUCCUUUUCUAUCUGCAGGAAGCGGCUGCUAUACGACUUGUUGGCUUUCACUUCAUCAACAUUGUGCCCUUCAUGGAUAAGAUUUUGGCACUGAUGAAUCCUUUUAUGAAGAAGGAACUCACAAGCAUCUUGUACUUGCACAGCGACAUUAACGAGUUCUAUAAAUUUGUGCCGCAGGAGAUGUUGCCCAAGGAAUACGGUGGUCCACUCGAAGAGUCCAAUGUGCUCAAAGAACUUUACUAUAAGAAAUUAGUGGACAAUCGCAAACAAAUGCUAGAGUUCGAAACGCGACAUCAGGUGAAUGAGAAACUCAGACCAGGCAAGCCAAAGAAUGCCUCGGAUUUGUUUGGCAUCGAGGGUAAUUUUAAGAAAUUGGAUAUAGAUUGAAAUUCCUACGAAUAAAUAUACAAUUGGGAUUUGUUUUUUGGUGUAUGCUUAGUUAAUAAAUUGACAUAAAUUGAAUCU